AUGUAUCCGACGCCGACGCGGCAUCCGGCUGCCGCGGGGCCACAACCCGCGGCAGGACCUAUAAAAUUCACUGUAGCAGAUACAUUAGAGCGAAUAAAGGAAGAAUUUAACUUUUUACAAGCCCAAUAUCAUUCUUUGAAAUUAGAAUGUGAGAAAUUGGCCAGUGAGAAAACGGAAAUGCAAAGGCAUUAUGUCAUGUAUUAUGAAAUGUCAUAUGGACUGAAUGUUGAAAUGCAUAAACAGACGGAGAUUGCAAAAAGGCUAAGUGCUAUUAUAGGACAAGUGCUGCCAUUCCUGGCUCAGGAGCAUCAGCAACAGGUCGCCUCAGCUGUGGAACGAGCAAAGCAGGUCACUAUGUCUGAACUUAAUGCUAUUAUUGGGCAACAACAACAACAGGGUCUACAGCAACUUCUACAACAGAUCCAUGCGUCGGCCGGGCUGCCGCACGGCGUGGGCGGCGCUGGCGCACUGCUGGGCGCCGGCGGGCUGCUGUUCGCGCCGGGCGCUGGGCCGCCACCACCGCCACACCUGCCUCCGCCCGCGCAUAAGGUGGAACUGCCUCCCCCUACGGAUAUCAAGCCGCCGGUGCAUCCCGGGGGUCCGGCACCGCCCCCUUUAUUACCAGGACAGCCACCUCCCCGAGAAGACGACAGGAUGGUCGCUUCUAGAGUAAUGCAGCAACAGCGUCGUUCCGUGUCCCCGCACGAACGCGAGCAGAAGUACCGCGCUCGCUCGCCCAACGAGCCGGAGCCACUCGACGCCAAGCGACGCAAGGAGGAGAAGGUACUCGCUCAUGUGAGUCUGUGUAGUGAUAGUGACGCCGAAAAGAGCGAUCAGGACUUAGUUGUCGAUGUUGCUAAUGAGGAGGAUAGAGUGUCACCAAGUGUACGGACGGAGGGUGGAGAAAGAACAGAAAAUGGACCACGACCGCCCUCAAGAUCUGGCUCCUCCUCAAGUCGCUCAACACCUAAAAGUUCAAAAGAUGAAAAGCCGGGCACGCCUGGCGCGAAAGGACGUGCGCCAACGCCGACUGGACGCUAUGCCUUCCCAGCGUACGCGGCGUACCGUGCGCCGCAUCCCUACGACAACACGCAUGCGCGCUCCAACGGCAUGCCGCCCGCCAAGCCGGCGUACUCGUACCACACAUGCGGCGGUCCGCCGCAGCCGGUGCCGUUCCCUGCGGACGCGCUGGUGGGCGCGGGCGUGCCACGGGGCGCGCGCGCCGCCGCUGCGCUUCCGCACGGCGAGGUGGUGUGCGCCGUGGCGCUGUCGCAUGCGCCCGCACGCCGCGCCUACACUGGCGGCAAGGGCUGCGUCAAGUUGUGGGACAUCAGUGAGCCCGCCGCACCCGCCGCGCUCGACCCGCUCGCACAACUCGACUGCCUGGUCAGUGCAGCAGCACGCACAUUAUAUAGUGUACAACACGCGAGGUGGUGUGCGCCGUGGCGCUGUCGCACGCGCCCGCACGCCGCGCUUACACUGGCGGCAAGGGCUGCGUCAAGUUGUGGGACAUCAGUGAGCCCGCCGCACCCGCCGCGCUCGACCCGCUCGCACAGCUCGACUGCCUGGUCAGUGCAGCAGCACGCACAUUAUAUAGUGUACAACACGCGAGGUGGUGUGCGCCGUGGCGCUGUCGCAUGCGCCCGCACGCCGCGCCUACACUGGCGGCAAGGGCUGCGUCAAGUUGUGGGACAUCAGUGA